GACUGUGCAGGACGGUGCCAUACUUCCAACAGAGAAGAGGUUUUCCUGUACUGAGUGCGAGAAAUGUUUUUCAGAUAACUGGCAUCUUAAUAGACAUAAGAAGUUGCACACGGGUGAGAAGCCGUAUUCCUGUCCUGAGUGCGGGAAAUGUUUUUUAGAGAAGUGGCAUCUUGAUAGACAUCAGAGGUCGCACAGGGGUGAGAAGCUGUAUUCCUGUUCUGAGUGCGGGAAAUGUUAUUCAGUUAAGUCGAAUCUUGACACACAUCAGAUGUCGCACACGGGUGUGAAGCCAUAUUCAUGUUCUGAGUGCGGGAAAUGUUUUUCAGUUAAGUCCAGUCUUUCCUCUCAUCGUAGAUCACACACGGGUGAGAAGCCGUAUUCAUGUUCUGAGUGCGGGAAAUGUUUUUCAGCUAAGUCCAGUCUUUCCUAUCAUCAUAGAUCACACACGGUUGUUAAGCCGUAUUCAUGUUCUGAGUGCGGGAAAUGUUUUUCAUCUAAGUCCGGUCUUUCCUAUCAUCAUAGAUCACACACGGGUGAGAAGCCGUAUUCCUGUCGUGGGUGCGGGAAAUGUUUUUCAGCUAAGUCCAGUAUUUCCUAUCAUCAGAACUUUCACACGGGGGAGAAGCCCUGUUCCUGUUUUGUGUGAGGGAAUUGUUGCUCACUGAAGUCCUGUCUUCCUGUACACCAGGGGUCCCACACAACCCUUGAGGUGUAUUAGUGCCUUGAGUGUG